AGAGCACUCGCCCAGGUCCCCAAGAUGAAGGCUGUGGUGCUCACCUUGGCCCUGCUCUUCCUCACAGGGAGCCAGGCUCAGCAUGAAACACAGCAAGAGGAGCCCCCGUCACAAUGGGAGCGAGUGAAGGAUUUAGCCAAGGAGUAUCUGGACUCAGGCAUAGCCAAGUUUAAAGCCAUCGACCUGGCAAAAAAGCUGAACCUGACAGUCGUUGCAAAAUUGGCCACCCUGAGCGACAAGGUCGCCGCCCUGCCAGAGCAGCUGGGCUGGGCCAAACUGGAUGAGGUGGGGAUGCUGACCGGGGAGCUGAACAAGGACCUGACGGAGGUGAAUACCUACCUGGUGGGCAUCCAGAAGAAGUGGAAGGAAAGGGUGGAGCCGCUGCGCCAGGACCUGCGUGAGCGCGCACGGAAGCAGCUGCAGGAGCUGCAGGAGAAGCUGGUCCAGCUGGGCGCGAAGGUGCUGAACGGCACGCGCGUGCACGUGGAGCGCGCGCGUCCGUACGUGGACUCGCUGCACCCGUUCCUGGAGACCAUGGGCGAAGAGCUGCGCCAGUGCCUGGAGCCCUGCAACGGCAAGCUGCGCGAGUGCCUGGAGCCCUACGGCGAGCAGCUGCAGGCGCUGCAGGCGCUGCAGGCGGGCAGCCUGGGGCUGGCCAAGCUGCGGGAGCAGGUGGGCGCGCAGCUGGGGAAAAUGAACGAGGAGCUGGAGUCGCUGUGGGCGAGCCUCCAGUACCUCUUCCUUCCCUUCCUGGACAUCUCCCAGAGAGGCUGACCGGCCCGUGAGGCGCCCGCUCCCCUCCCCGUCCUCGGUCCCCUUCCCAUCGAUCGGUUUCUGAGAAUAAACGUUUACAAAGCGGGA